AUGGCACAAACCGGCACUCUUACAGAGGAGGGUCUAGAUGUGUGGGGCGUGAUGGAAGUGAGUGGAGCAGUAUUUAGUGAGUUGGUCCCUGACCCUCUUUUUCUCCCUCCUGGACUGAUGCUCUCUGCACUUGCCUCCUGCCAUUGUUUGGCUUUGCUGGGGGGUCAAGCGCUCGGAGACCCACUGGAGCUCAAAAUGAUAGAAUCUACUGGAUGGGAACUGACAGAGCCAGAGAAUGAGAUGGCACUUGAUUCUGAAUUUGGCAAACACAGAGCGCUAGCAGUGAUGAGACCUCCUGCAUCUGACCUCCUGUCACAAGGAAAUUCUGUCAGUCAGCCAGUGGCGAUCAUACGGCGAUUCCCAUUUUCCUCUUCUUUGCAAAGGAUGAGUGUUGUGACCGUGGGUCCAGGUGGAGCGUCUCCUGUGGCGUUCCUUAAAGGAGCACCUGAAAUAGUUGCCAGCUUGUGCCUUAGAGAAAGUGUGCCAUCUCAUUUUUCACCCAUUCUCCGGGAGUAUGCCAGCCAGGGCUUCAGGGUACUUGGAUUUGCCUACAAGCAUCUCACUAAGGAGACUAACCUAAGCACUGUCGAAAGGGUGGAGGUGGAGAAAAACAUGAGCUUCCUGGGCCUGUUAGUAAUGAAGAACCAGGUGAAGCCAGAGAGCGCAGAAGUCAUUCGCACACUUAAACUGGCACAAUUACGGCCUGUUAUGGUUACAGGUGACAAUAUUCUCACGGCUGUGAAUGUAGCACGUGCGUGUGGAAUGGUGCCGUCACAUGAGAAGGUUAUUUUUGUUCACGCAUCGCCCCCUACCGCCAGUCCAAUGGCCUCGCUGCAGUUUCAUCAAGGAGAUGGUGCAGUAACCACCAUUAAUACUCAGGAGGCUAUUGAUAUUCCAGCGCAGGAUCUCUACCAAAACGGUGCCGGCUAUCAUUUGGCUAUAAAUGGAAUGUCCUUUGCAGCACUUUGUGAUCAUUUCCCUGAAUAUCUGCCCAAGAUUCUGAUGAGGGGAACCGUGUACGCCCGCAUGACCCCAGACCAGAAAACCCAGCUGGUCAAAGCACUGCAGAAACUCAAGGUGGGCAUGUGUGGCGAUGGAGCCAAUGACUGCGGAGCACUGAGGGCCGCUGAUGUGGGUGUGUCGUUGUCUGAGGCUGAGGCGUCUGUGGCGUCUCCUUUCACAUCCAAGUCUAACAACAUUAGCUGCGUGCCUCUACUCAUCAAGGAAGGCAGGUGUUCACUGGUGACAUCAUUCAGUCUUUUCAAGUACAUGGCUUUGUACAGCCUGAUCCAGUUUGCCUCUGUACUUAUUCUCUACACUGAGAAAACAAACUUGGGAGACUUGCAGUUCCUCUUCUUUGAUUUGGUUUUGGUGACCGUUUUGGCUAUAGUGAUGGGACGGGGAGGUCCCAGCGAUGAGCUCCACCCCCGGCGACCCGCUGCCAGUCUUCUGUCUCUCCCAGUCCUGUCUACUUUACUGCUGCACACCGUGCUGCUGAUCCUAGCCCAGGUGUCUGCCCUGCUUAUCACUGUAUCACAAGACUGGUAUGUGCCUCUAAAUUCCACUGUGACGGGGGCUGCGAACUUGCCCAACAUGGAGGACACAAGCGUAUUUGCCUUAUCGGGAUUCCAGUACAUCAUCAUGUCUGUUGUGAUAACCAAAGGAUAUCCUUACAAAAAACCACUGUAUUACAAUUUUUUGUUUGUAGGUGCUCUGCUGGUCUUCUUUGCGCUUAUGAGCUGGCUGGUCCUUUUUCGUCACACCAUCAUCCAUCAAGUCCUGCAGCUCUAUGACAUCAACGAUAUGAAGUAUAAACUGUUGCUGGUGGCUGUAGCUGCGCUCAACUUCUUCAUAUGCUACAUGCUCGAGUUUCUUAUUGACCAAGGAGCCCUGAACUGCCUUCGCAACCCCAGAGGAAAACGCAAGUCCAAAAAGCAGUACAAACGCUUGGACGUAGAGCUCGCAGAAACGCCCUCAUGGCCGCCUCUAAACCAACCCUUGUUUCCAACACAGUGCUCCGUCAUCGGUGUUAGCUAACACCUACCUCCUGCUUUACAAUUUCAGCUCUUCCGAAUCAAAUAUCCAGGGUUGCCAAAGAUCUGAUACCACCUCUCGGUGCACUAGUGAGGUAUGAGUAGCAGGUGUUGUCCUUGUCUGCCUAUUAUAUAUGGCACAAAACUCAUCAUGCAGCAUUAAGAAUGAACUGUUUGUGAUGGUAUUUCUAAUAUAAAACAUGAAUGAAGAAUAAAAACCUUGAAGUAUUUUGAAA